AUGACCUCGCGGACCACAAUGGGCGCCCAUCCGCGGCCGCCUCAGCGUUCCGUGAGCUCAUCGUCGUUACCCGUUCAGCGCCCCCCUCCGCAGCGAUCAUUAUCACAUCAGCAGCAGUUUAUGGCCGCCGCCUCGCCAGUUCGAAAAGAUGCAUCAUUCAUCGAUCUAACUGCCGACGCCGGCGAUGCUACCCCUAAUCGUUAUCACACAACACCUAGAAGAGGCGGCUCACGUCUUCGGCUCGAGUUAUCACACAAUGCUUCUUCCAGUUCUUUGCCUACUUCCGAAUCGCCGCAGUCUCUUACACCCUCGCGAAUACCCAAUUCCGAUCCCUUUCAAGCUAUGGUCGGCAGCCCUGCCGCCAGCGCCAGCUCAACUUUGAUGCCGAUGCCGACACGUCGACCAGUAACUUCACAACCGAGAUCCGCUCCUCGAAUCACAGCGACUGCGCCUGCACCAGCCAAGAAAGAUGCCCGACCAAAACCAUACACCGUUGAAAUUCCCUCCGCCGCACCACGAUACUUCUCAGCCAACCGACCCGAAACCGCAGUACGAAAUCCCGUUGACCCUUUCAGCAAGGGUCUUAACACUGGAUACGCCGAUUUCUUCCCCUGGAAUGGAGCACAUCAUGAAGACGAGUGGAGCAGCGAAGCGAUUACUAAAGGAACAUGGGAUAAGGUGAACUUGAAUGUUCCCGAAACUUCGUCUGCUAAGCUUGCCAUCUUCCCUGCUCUGAAGCAAAAGACUGGCCUAAAUGCAUUGUCUACUAUUUUUAUGGGAGUUCUGACUCAGCGCAGACAUCGAGGACAGAUCAAUGCGCCCUCGACUUUUAAACCACCACCUCGAGUAACGCUCACGGAUACGAAGAGAGAGGUCUGGCUCAAGGAUCUUGCGAAUCCCGCGAUAUCCCUUCGACGCCUUAGCCGAACAAUUCCCCACGGCAUUCGCGGAAGAACUUUACUGGAUCAAUGCUUGAACAAGAAUGUUCCUGCCGAGCGAGCUGUUUGGUUAGCAAAGUGCGUUGGUGCCAAUGAGAUCAGAGGGUUAAAGAGGAAGGGCGUCAAUGGUGCCUUUGUCAUGGGUGGCGAACUGAAAUGGGCUCGCGACUGGACCAUUUUUGUUGAGCAAUUUGUCGAUGCCGUUGUUGCUGGGUUUGGUGAGAAUGACUGGAAGAAUCGAGUCACAUAUGCCAUUCGCCUAGCAACAAACCUUUACUCAGAACAGUUGCUAGAUCGAGAUCAUUACCUUGACUGGGUUGUGUCUGGAAUUGAGAAUAGUCUUCAGUCGCGUAUUCCCAUGUGGCUGCUCAUUGCUCAGAUUUACUGGAAAGACCUUCUCAGGUCACGCAAGUAUGGCCGGAGGCUUGUAUUUGCCCUACUCAGCCACUUGCAUCUGAUAUCCAACGACCCUGAUCAGGACCUCCUUGUGCAACUCUCCAGUAGACUGUCAACUUUGCUCUGCUCAUUAAUUCGUUCCAACCCAGAAAGCUUCAUUAACCCCGGCGCCUGGUCGAGAUACAAGGAUACUUUACAUGCUUGUCUGCGUUCUGAUGACGACCAGGCUCGAAAGGCAUUACAUACCAUCAAUUCACGAAACUCGCGUCUGGUAGUGUCCAGUACUGCUUCCCCUCCUGCUGGGCGGAAUCAGCUAGUCAAGUUGCUAGAUGCUGCCUUGAAAGAGUCUAGCGACAAUCAUCUAGCCGCAGCAUGCUGGGCAACGAGUGAGAACAAGUCUUUGAUAAUGAAGACAGUAGUUGAGUGGGCAACUUCGUUCCAUCGUCCAGGUUUAGCAAAGGUUUAUGCCGCAGCCCGUUUAAUUCGGCAAUGGAGCCAAUUUCGUGUGAACCCUACGACACCCAUUCUCGAGACACUCGAUAACAUCGCCGCCAAUGACAAGGCACGGAAGAACCUCGUCUAUCACCUUGUCACGGAACUCGUUCGAACCGGCCACUUUUCGGUCUCUCAAUAUAUGCAAUGGACUAUCGCUCGUGGUGGUUAUCAUUGUGCCGCGGAAAUCGAUUCCGAAUCGGGUCCGUGUUCUAGCAGGUUGCUGGUCGAACUUCCGCUUCAUGCUUUAUCUGAGAAGAAAAGGGCGGAAAGAGGAAACUUGCUUAGGCGAGCUGGCAACUAUUCGGUCGCUGAGGAGGAACAAGAUAUUACCAAUGCGAUCAGGGUUGUAAAGCAUGUUGUGGAGCUCCCUUUACUGCCAAAUGAUCCAUUGUCAGGACGAAAGCCAAUGUCACUCAAAAAGCUAUUGCAACGGAUAAGCGGUAGCAGUACUGCUCUCAGGAGCAGCAUUGGGGCACAUUUGCGCGAUGAGUUAACUGGGCAGUUCACUAUCAAGGGUCACGCUUUAUCUCUGACUAUGUUCACCUCUGUUCGAGCCAUCAUGGAAACGGCCGAAGAUUACGCCAUGUUGUCCGACAUUCUUGUAGCUUGCGCGAAGACCGCCGAUUCUGACGUUCUAGCGUCCGUUGCCGAUACUGUCCAUUCAAACCUGCAAAUCUUCUGCGCCUUGGAUAGCGCAAACGAACUGUUCAACAGUCUGAUCGAGCGCCUUAGGAUGAUGAAUGAGGAGCAAAGAAUCGUUCCACGACCGCUACUUGCUGCUCUUUCUAGUCUUGCACAACGCAUGGCUGGUCAUGAGGUGAUUGCCAGCCAGCUUCGCCAAGAGCUCGUCCAAAAUGAUCGCAACAACGCUAUUGAUGCUUGCUCGCCGGUUUCCGACAUAGUGGCAACCCCCUCUCAUCAAGCUGAAAACAAUGUGGCGGAAGAAGUCGAGAAAACACUUUCCAGUGGAACACGAUUGGACCCUCCAACAAUGAACAAGCUUUUCCGAAUGAUAAUCCCUGCUCUCGAGCGCGGGUGGGAUAAGGAGGACGAUACACGCCGGGUGUAUGCAACUUUACUCGCGAGAAUACGAGUUUUCGAUGCUCACCAUUUCGAUAAACUCAUGACCGACUGGACAAGUCACCUUCGUUCCAUAUCGAACCGCUCCUCCCUUUCUACUUUAUUCCCGCUUCUCAUUAGUACAGGGUGUCUUACAAUGCCUAUCAUUAUGAGCACCGCAAGCCCUCCGUUCGCGAAUAUCCAGAAUCUUCCCUCAGACUCUUCAAGAAAAACAUACGGUCCUGCGACAUACUUACAAGAACUCUUACAACUCAUCAUUAUGCCGCUUCCCCGGGGAACAGGGCUUGAGGCUGAGGAAAGUUACCGUUUUCAUACCGAGCAGAAGUGUGCCAAAUUUGAGCAGUCUAAAGGUCUGUUGAACCUUGUCCGAAACGCUUUGCUCGAGUACUCGACUGUAAGAAAUCAUGUCAAUGACACUGAGUUUCCUCUUGACAAUCCUGUGUGCCAAGAAAGUCUGCUCGAGACCUUACGAACUCUUGUUCUGGUGGAUUCCUCCGCCGUUUCAAACGCUCUAGGCAUCAAAUCGCUACCUGCUGAAGCUGUUGGUCUCGUCCGCAAGGUGACCACCAAACUCCUAAUUCCUGGAGACUCGGGCGAGACUCAAAUUUCGUUCGAUCAUAUCUUACAGAUUGCCAACGAGCUGACACUGCCGUUCUGCCAGCUAAAGCUUAACUUGGAUCUGUCAUUGCCUCAGCCCAGCGUAAAUGAUGGACAGCAAGACCAGAGCUCCUCUCGCUUCGAGAUCUUUGCCAGGGCUAUGGACCGAGCCAUUGAAGCAGGCAACAUCAUGUGGACCAGUUUGUUACCUUGUUUGAGUGACGAUAUCACUCAGCAUCUCAAGACACAGGCUCAAACUGGAUUUCUCGAAUUGAUCCCUUCAUCAAAGGCGCCUGAGUUUGUCGAUACUGGGUCACGGCAGUCCCUCCGCAUGGCCGAGAACUUAUUAGAAGUAGUGGAGGCUAUAAUUUCUGGUCAAGCUCCCCCUAAGACGGCACAGCUAUCGUUGGGUAUGGUCGAGAAGUUGACAGACCUGUGGGAAAUCGUCGCUGCAGGGCCUCAGGAGCGUCCCAAUUGUCACGCCGCUGUAUUGCAGCAUUGGCUACCCGCUAUGCUUCGCUUCGUUAACCUCCAUAGCUUGUCGUCCGAGCCACCUUCAGCCCCUCUUCCCACAGCCUCGGCGACACGGCCUCCUAUCCCACCCGUGCAUGACGUUCGAGCACGCAUUGUCCUUGUCCUUUGCGGGCUGCUACUUGAGUUGGAAACACUGCCGCCAGCUACUGUUGGCUCACUUGUGCAGCAGGUCUUCGACAUUGCUAUGCUCCUGGUGGAUGCAUUGCCCGAGGAAUUGCGAGCCAAUUGUGCUAGGGCCAUCUUGUUAACUCCAGGCGGGAUGCCCAAUCAGGGAACAUCAUCUGAUCCUCGACUUUACUAUCUAUUCAGCUCACCACCGCCGUCUCCAUCAGACAAUCUUAUGCUCUCCCACCGGGAAAAGGCAGCAACGCCUCAGAGUGCUGCCGCUCGCGGCAUGGGUGCACAAUACGGCAUCGGGCCAGUAGUCCAGGAGCGUCUGAGUCCCUUCAUUCUCCGUCGCUGGGAGGUGCUUAGCGAGCCGACUCCCAAUGUUGGUGAGAACGAUACGAGCUUAAGUCUAGGUCUUUUUGAAGCUAUCAAGCUCCAGUGA